AUUAUUUUGGUUGCGAUACAGACUUUUUUUUUCUUUUUUUUUUUUUUUGCCUUCGCUCUCUUUCCCUGCUCCCUCCCCCGAUGAACCUCUCUCCUCGCUCUGCACUUUGCACGAGAGAGCCCAGAGGAAAGGCACCAUGAAGUGUUAAAAAUAACAAAACAAAACAACAACAACAACAAAUUUACUCGCAACAACACCAGCUAACACUUCCAGCUGCGGUUCGCGAGCUGCGAAAGAGAGCGAGAGAGAGAGAGAAGGGAGGGAGAGAGGAGGAAAAAAAAAAAACCUCUAUGCAAAAGGCGAAUAGCGAGAGCCCCGCGCUCUGAUGCAUCAGCGGAGCCUCUGCGAGGGAUAACGCGGAGCGGGAGAGGAGCCGCCGGGGCGGACCGGAGCGGAGGCAGAGCAGGAGAGCGGAGCGGAGCUCGCCAAAAAUCAAGCUGGCUCACCCGGUGGCGACUCAGAGCAGCCCCCUCGCUCCCGGAGCGCACCCUUUCUGGAGGACUCUCGGCAGCAAAAGGAUGGCAUCAGAGCUGGCGAUGAGCAGCUCCGACCUGCCCACCAGUCCCCUGGCCAUGGAAUAUGUUAAUGACUUCGAUCUGAUGAAGUUUGAAGUGAAAAAGGAGCCGGUGGAGACCGAUCGCAUUAUCAGCCAGUGCGGCCGCCUGAUCGCCGGGGGAUCGCUCUCCUCCACCCCGAUGAGCACGCCCUGCAGCUCCGUGCCCCCGUCCCCCAGCUUCUCGGCGCCCAGCCCCGGCUCCGGCUCCGACCAGAAGACCCACCUGGAAGACUACUACUGGAUGACGGGGUACCCGCAGCAGCUCAACCCGGAGGCGCUGGGCUUCAGCCCCGAGGACGCGGUGGAGGCGCUGAUCAACAGCAGCCACCACCCGCUGCCCGGCGCCUUCGAUGGCUAUGCUAGAGGGCAGCAGCUGGCCGCGGCCGCCGGCGGCUCCGUGCCGGCCGAGGAGAUGGGCUCGGCGGCCGCCGUGGUGUCGGCGGUGAUCGCCGCGGCGGCGGCGCAGGGCGGCGCGCCCCACUACCACCACCACCACCACCACCCGCAUCACGGCGGCGGCGGCGGCGGCGGCGGCGGCGGCGGGCACCCCCACGCCGCGGCGCCGGGCAGCGCGCCGCCCUCCUCCGCCUCCUCGGCCGCCGGCUCCGGCACCGGCAGCGGCGGCGGCGGCGGCGGCGGCGCCGGGGGGCUGCACCACCCGCACCACGGCGGCGGCGGCGGCGGCGGCGGCGGCCUCCACUUCGACGACCGCUUCUCCGACGAGCAGCUGGUGACCAUGUCGGUGCGGGAGCUGAACCGGCAGCUGCGGGGCGUCAGCAAGGAAGAGGUGAUCCGGCUGAAGCAGAAGAGGAGGACCCUCAAAAACAGGGGCUAUGCCCAGUCCUGCCGCUUCAAGAGGGUCCAGCAGCGGCACGUCCUGGAGUCGGAGAAGAACCAGCUGCUGCAGCAAGUGGAGCACCUAAAGCAGGAGAUCUCCAGGCUGGUCCGGGAGAGGGACGCCUACAAGGAAAAGUACGAGAAGCUGGUCAGCAAUGGCUUCAGAGAAAACGGAUCCAGCAGCGACAACCCUUCCUCUCCAGAGUUUUUCAUGUACCCGAGAGAAUCAUCUACAACGGUGAUGUGAAAAUCCCUGUUACCCGAGGUCAAAAAAAAAAAGUCUCCCAGAAGAUCCGGAGUGGUGAUGCCUGGAUGCAGAGGAGAUCACACUGCUUAUAAAUCUGCACCAUGAGGAGGCCAAAAGUUUCUGCAGCAGCAGGAGGUAAGCCAGGACUGCUGGUGGGUGUAAGGAGCAGAGAGCAAAGCCACAUGAGUUUGAAAAGAAGGCAGCAGCACCCCUGAGGAUGGAGACUUUGGGGCCGUGUCAUGAUCCUGUACAGAAAACUGAAGAGACACUGAAAACUUCAGGUGGGAACACACCACCCAGCCGUCUGCUUGUGUGGUUUGGUCCAUGGACCUUUGGGGUCUGCACGCCAGAGACUGAAAACUCUUGACUAACCCUAAAUUUCCUCUUUGUGGACUUCUGAGGUGAUAGGAAUGGCACAAAAAAAUCCAAUAUAUCUUCUUCGCCAUAAUGUUUCCAGCCUGCUAACUUUCCCAGGACUACAUUCUGCUCAAAUUACUGGAACUUAAUUACAUGAGCUUUAAUUUCAGUUGCUUGGCCAGCUUUAAAAACAUAUAUUCAAAUUUGAACCACAAGGACAGAAUUUUUGGAGCCUCUUUGUCCUCUCACUUUGUGUUAAUUUAAAUGAGGAAACUGUGCCUGUGAAUUUCUGCUUUACUUCACCUAUUCCAAACCAGUCUCACUUCUGGAGAGAUUUCCCUGACUCCCAGCAGUUUAAGGGGGAGCACAAAAACCUCCUUAUGUGAUAGUUUAUGUUUUUGAAACUGCACAAACAAUAGAUAUUUGUCUCCUGCUUAUGCAUUUUCUUGUAAAUAAAAUGUAUUGAGACCAGCAA